AUGUCUCCUAUUUAUGUUUUUGUCAUGUUUUAUCAGUAUAUUGUGUCUGCAUUAGUGACAGUUGAGUGCCACACUUACCAAAGCAAACCUCUCUUUCUGUCUUACUCUGACUUGGCCGCCCUUGAAGCUAACAGGCAGGACCAGCCCGACAAACCCGACUCCCACUUUAGGAAUCACGCUGGAAUAAUGACUUCAGCCGGAGAAGACAAAGUCAAGACCUUUGCGUUGAAAUGUCACGAAGACGGCAUUGAGAUUGUGAUGAAAGCUCUUUUGUUUGGGCCUGCAGAGCCCACGCAACUGAGGCUUGGCCCCGUCAGAGCUGCUCAAGAUCACUGCGCUGCCAAGGUGUCUGGAAAAGGAGAGUACGUCAUCAAAGCUCCACUGUCUGGUUGUGGGAACAAAGUGACGUUUACAGAGAGCAGCGUGCUGCUCAGUAACCUGCUGCUGUACUCGCCUCCUCCAUCGUCUCCCGGGGACACGUCUCAAGUGGAGGCAGCAGCCAUUCCUGUGCAGUGUGAAUACAGCAGGAGGUACAUCGUGAGCAGCAGAGCACUGAGGCCGACGUGGAGCCCCCUAGUCUCGGUCCCGUCAGCUCAUCUCACCCUUGACUUCCACCUCAGGCUCAUGACAGGUGACUGGAGCACCGAGAGAAAGUCCUCUGUCUACUUCCUGGGUGAAAUGGUGAACAUCGAAGCCUCUGUAAACCAUCGUCACCUUCCUCUUCGUCUGUACGUCCACAGCUGUGUGGCCACUCUGAGCCCUGGUGUGAACUCUAACCCCAGAUAUCUCUUCAUAGACCACCAGGGAUGUUUCACAGACUCCCAGCUGAGCGGCUCCAGCUCUCGUUUCCUGCCUCGAGCCCAGAGCAAUUUCCUCCAGAUACAGCUUGAGCCUUUCCUCUUCCACCAGGACGACAGACACACUAUCUACGCCAUGUGUCACCUGGAGGCUGUGCCAGUGUCAAAGACGGACCCACUGAAAAAGGCCUGUUCUUUUAUAAAUGGAAGGUGGAGAUCAGUGGAUGGAGACGACAACGUCUGUGAGAGUUGUGAGGUAGCUCACAGCAGCAGCAGCAGCUCCACGUUCGGCCACAAGACGGUGCCAAGGAGCAACAGUCGGCACAGACAAAAUGAGCUGCACAGGGAGAAAACUUUGGGUCCAGUCUUAUUUCUCCCUUGGAAGUCUGAAACCAGUGGAAAUCACAAGUAUCUGUAAUAGAAUAUAUUAUUAUUAUUAAUAAUAAUAAAGGUUUAAAAAUCUAAUUUUAAUAGUUCUUAAUAUAAAAACUGAUGGAGUUUUUGACCCUUUCAGGAGACGCAUUAGAAAUAUCAAGUAUUAUCAUUUAAUCCACUAGCGAUAAAACUACUUUUAACUCUAAACCUAACACUUAAUAUAUGAAUGGUUUCCAUUUGUUAUUAUAUCAAAUAUAGUGUGAUUAAAAAAAAACAGUUUUCUUUCA